AUAUAAUGACAUGUCAUCUAAGUGCUAUGCCCUUCAGAAUAGUUUGUCAUAGAUCCCUUUAUUUUAUUUUAUGUUAAAAUAUGUUAAAAUAUGUAUAUAAGCAGCAUCUACAUAUGUACAUAGGCAGUACGUGUAAGUACCUAAUCGAUUUAGCUAUCCAGAUAUAUCCCACUUUAUCUAUUAUUCUCCACUUUAUUUUUUCCCUUAUCAUGGAUCGAUUCUCUUCAGUGUCCAAAUUUUCUUGCGAAACUCAACUGUCGAAGCUAGCUCAAAUCGAAAACACAGCAGAAUGGGCAAACGAAAGCGGACAGACGCCCCUACUAACGGGACCAAAACCCAGGAAUUAACUAUUCUUAAGAAACCCAAAACCACCGAGUCGUUACCAGCAGAGAGAGAGAGCUCUUCCCCAUUGACGAUCCAGGUUGUUACGGGAUCUUAUGAUCGAAUUCUCCACGGAUUGACGGCUACUAUCUCGGCAGACGACCAGGUCGAGUUUGCUGACACCUUUCUAUUCAAUGCGCACAGCUCCGCGAUACGAUGUAUAGCACUCUCGCCCCCCUCGGCACCAGAACCGGGCAGGCUGCAAAAGGUCAUGCUGGCCUCGGGUAGCAGCGACGAGCGUAUCAACGUCUAUAACAUCUCGGCGCAUCCGCCCAGCCUCAAAGACCAAGGCGCCUUAUCCUCCGUCAUGCCUCGAAAGACAUUAGAGAACCCCAAGAAUCGGGAGAUUGGAACACUAUUACACCAUUCAUCUACGAUCACCAAGUUAUCUUUUCCUACGAAAUCCAAACUCAUCUCCGCCUCCGAAGACUCUACCAUAGCUGUCACGAGGACGAGGGAUUGGUCCCUACUGUCAACUAUCAAAGUCCCCGUACCGAAGCCUCUGGGUCGGCCGAGCGGCGAUACGGCAGCGCUAGGUGCGACGCCGGCCGGUGUUAACGACUUCGCCGUACACCCGAGCAUGAAACUUAUGAUCAGCGUGAGCAGAGGCGAGAGAUCUAUGCGAUUGUGGAAUUUAAUGACGGCUAAGAAGGCCGGCGUGCUUAAUUUUAACCGAGACAUGCUACAAGAAGUAGGAGAAGGGAAGCAUGCGCUAGGGGAGGGCAGGAAAGUAGUCUGGGGUAGCACCGAGGACGGUGAUGAAUUCUGCGUAGGGUUUGACAGGGACGCACUAGUGCUAGGCAUGGACAGCACGCCAAAAUGCAGGGUUAUGCCAGAACCGAGGAAAAAGAUACACGAGCUCUGCUACGUCACAAUAGACGGCGGAAACGAUUCGUCGCUGCUUGCCGUGUCGACCGAGGACGGGAAAAUCAUGUUCUUCUCUACGAAGAGCCAGGAUCUCACGCCGGGCAAAUCGUCUACGGAAGGAAAGGGAAAGACGACGCUGCCAGUAGCCAAGUUGAUUGCGGAGCUUGGCGGGAAGGAAGCCGGGGUUUCGGGACGUAUUAAAGACUUCAGCAUCGUAAAAGCCCCAGGGAAAGACGGGGCAGGCAGUUUGUUCAUAGCUGCGGGUAGCAGCGACGGAAAGCUUCGCGUCUUCAAGCUCGCCGUCGAGGAGCUCAAGGAGGCGAAGGCUACGAAGACGGUGGGCAAGCUGCUCGGCACUUACGAGACCCAGAACAGGAUAACGUGUGUGGAGGCAUUUGCGAUGAUACCCCGGCCGGAGGGCGUGGAGGAUAGCGAGGAUGAGACGGAGGAUAUGUCGGAUGAAGAUGAGAACGAAGAUGAAAAAGACGAUGAAGAUGAUGAUGAGGAUUAAGACGGAAGUAAUGAAUUAAAAGCUUAUGAAUAAUAGCUGCGGAAAAGCUCGAACUAUCAUCAAGACCAGUAAUAGUUGUGUUACAAUAUCCAUUCCCAUGAACUAUAUAUCAGCACCUAAGGUAGUUUUAAGAGGCAUGUAAGCCCAUCUAGAUCUAUUAUCGCUACCGAGAAGAACAGCACUUACCUGGAGAUGAGCAUAUCCAUAUCAAAAAUCAGCUGGUUCUCAUCUUCUAUGUCAAUCUAUGGUAAAGUCAGAUGAUAUGCGCAAACCAUCCGGAAUGAAUGCGUGGUUCGAUUAUAGGGGUAAUUAA